AUGGAGUGCUGCAUUUUGCUGUGUGUAGUGUUUUUGCUGAGAGAUAGGAAGCAGAAUCCUGAAGUUGCUAAAUGCAAACAGGACAAUUCAAAAGCAUCGUCGUCAUCAUCAUCAGUGGAUGAUGACGACGACGGCGGCGAUGACGACAGCGACAGCGACAACAACGACGACAUUUUGGAUGGGGUUAUUGUUGGCGAUGGAAAAGCGCUUGUUGAAGUUUAUAUUGUUCUCGGAAUGGGCCUAAAAACAACACAAUCCUUUUUUGCCUUUUACUCAUCCUAA